CCCCAGUUUACCUGUUGGGCUGUUUCUACUCUAGGCUCUGCGCGAUGCUCUCAGGGCUCUGCGCGUGCUGGAUGUAGUGUCCUGCUGCAGGUCUGUGAUCACCGCUGUGUGCUGGGCUGCCAGUCAGCCCUCUCUCCUGCUCCUCGAGCGUUCAGUCCCAGAGCUGCCCCCUUCUGGACACAGAGCACCCUGGGAUCCUUCGAAAAAAGGUGCAAAAUCAACGCAAGGAAUGAACUGGUUAGUCGGUCCCGGUUUUCCCGUCCCGCAGUGAAUCAGCUACCCCCUUCCCUGCCUCCGCUCUGGCUGGCCUCCAGUCGGUGACGUCACCUGUCGCACCUUGGAAGGUGGGCGGAGGACUCCCGGAUUCCGGCUCAGGAUAGGCUGGGAGUGGGAGGAGCAGGCCGGUUGUAUAAAAGCUCCCAUGUGCUCCGCACCUGCGCUCACACAGAGAGUGUCCAGGAAGGAUUUCCCCCACUGUCUCCACACAGAGCUCGCCACUGAAGCCCCAGCCCAGUCAGGUUUUCUCUUGCCUGUCCUCAGAUCAGCCCAACAGGAGGCCUGCAGAGCGCAUGAGACCCACAGCUGGCCAGAUGUCUCAGCUCAUCCCCAGCCAUGUGCUGCGGGUGGGACAGACCAUCUGUCUCUCGUCCAAAGAGGACGUGCUCCCACUGGGACGCUCCCUGUCCCCAGUCCCGUUCCAGGGCUGUCACUCCCUGUCCCAGAUCUCCUGUUCCUACUCCUCGGACUCCUGGGCCCCUCAUCCGGCCAAGAUUCCCAGCAGCCAGCAGGCGGAGCUGACGGACAUAGACCCCGACUCCCCAACCCUGGACGUGUCCCUGGAAACCCUCAACCAGCUCAUCCUGGAGCUGGACCCCUCCUUCGAACCCCUUCCCCUCCACAGUCGCUCGGAGAGAGGAGGGCUCCCGCCAGGCAGGACACAGGGCGCAGACUCCCCCGACGAGGAUGUGUCCCAGGCAGUGCUGGUGCCCAGGGGGUGUUCCUCCCAGGCCAGCAGUGGCCCGGCGGGCUCCGUCUCCAGGGUGUCCCUCGUGUCCCGCAGUCGGCCCAUUCCCGCUCGCUCUCCCAGGGGCAGCAGCUGCUCCCCCAACGGCACCCUGGUCUUCUCCAGCUCCCCGAGCGCCUCCGGCACCCUGCCGCCCCUGCCCUGCUCCCGGCCCAGAGCCGCCGGCGCGUUCCCGCCGCAGCACGGCGACCACCAGCUCUCCUGCUCCCCAGGGGCGCUGCCACCCACCCGCCACAGGGCCAGCGCCAGCUCCCUGCUCUCCGCCUCGCCCGGCUCCGACACCAGCUACAUCACGGGCAGCUGCCACUCCCUGCUCAGCGCAGACGCGGAGAGCUCCGACCAAAGACGGUUCGGGUUCUCGGGCUCCUUCAGUAACAUCGCCAGCCCCUACCCACAAUCCCCAGGGCCCCAGAAGCCCUUCUUCUCCGAGCACAGCCUGGCGGCCGACGCCAAGCCCCCCCCUGCCAGGGGCCCCCAGGCCCUCUCCCCGCCGGGGCUCCCCAGCAGCUGCCCUCCCUCGGUGGCCAGCUCGCUGGUCGACAUCCCCGUGCUGCUGGUCAACGGCUCACCGCCCCGAGACAGCCAGGCCUGCAGGGGGCGCCCCUCCUCCUGCGGGGGCCCCGCUGCCUCCCCCCUGCAGAGGAGCUGCAAGGCCUCCAGCACGUCCGCUCUCCACGGUGACGGGUCCGGCCCGCUGCCCUCCAUGAAGUUCGUGAUGGACACGUCGCAAUUCUGGUUCCGGCCGCACAUCACUCGCGAGGAAGCCGACGCGCUCCUGAGGGACAGGGAACCCGGGUCCUUCAUCGUGCGGGACAGCACCUCGUACCGCGGCUCCUUCGGCCUGGCCCUGAAGGUCCAGGAAGUGCCAGCCAGCGCCUCGGCAACCGGCAAGUCAGGAGAGGGCUCCACCGAGCUGGUGAGGCACUACCUCAUCGAAUCCUCCGCCAGAGGAGUGCGCCUGAAGGGCUCGUCGGAGGAGCCCUACUUCGGGAGCCUGUCUGCCCUGGUGUAUCAGCACGCCAUCACCAGCUUCGCUCUGCCCUGCAAGCUGCUCAUCCCCGGACACGGGGGCACCCCCUGCUCCCCGACACCCCCAAAUUCCUCAGCGAAGGAACACCAUGGUCCCGACGCGUCAGCACAGCCAGAGAAAGCCACAGCCGGUAGGUGUCGUGGCUCUGUACGUGAAGCGUGCUCGUGUCCACGUCCCCAACAUGAAAGCCUUCAGUGCUUACAGGAAUAUUACAAAGCUGUGACACGAAUCCACUGUUCACCACUGUUCACUGUGCACCACUGCUGUAUUUGUGCUCGGUGACCCUCCAGUCUCUGUCCUGCACACUGGGAUUCAGUUUGACCUGAGUCCCACGAGCCCACUAGAAACAAGGGGGAGCACAUUUGACCCACCUAGCUUGGUUGCUUACUAGAACCUAACUGAUCUGAGGAUCCCACCCAGCCUUUUUCUCAUACCAAACCAGGGUGUGAGCUUCAAUAACAUGGCUGGGUAGUGUCACGGAUGUCGGAAGAGACGAACCGUGGAAUGGCAGGAGAGCGAAAUAGACCAUAUGCGUAGCACCGAAAUGGGGGUUAGCCCGGGCUCAGCUGUUCAG